UACACGCGCGCGAUCAGUGGAGCUCGAGCGCGUCUGAAAGAAAACACGUCGGUGUGAAUGAAUCUGGACAGCUGUGUUGCAACACACAUGCACUCAUACACACACUGUCAAAAAGUCUUCGCGUUGCAUUAAGGUGAAGAAGAGAUAUUCCAUUGGGUUGAUUGUCUGUGUGGUUGAAAUAUGGAAAUGAAUCAGCGCUGGCUCAGCAGUCCAGUGCUGCUCCUCCUUCACGUCCACUGCACUUUUGCUAUGUUCAUUCCCAACAGCACACACCUUGAAGCCAUAAUGGAGAGGUACAUAGACAAGGAGGACUCAUGGUGGGAAUCCAGAUCGAGGGGCAAGAGGGCGAUCUCUCACAGUGAUAUGCAGCUCAUUCUGGACCUCCACAACAAGCUCAGGGGUCAGGUUUAUCCUCCUGCAUCCAACAUGGAGUACAUGGUGUGGGACACUGAACUGGAGCACAGUGCAGAGGAUUGGUCUCGUACCUGUCUGUGGCAGCACGGCCCGUCUCACCUGCUCACGCAGAUUGGACAGAACCUGGGAGUGCACUGGGGCAGAGAACGACCUCCGACCUUUCACGUGCAGGCGUGGUAUGAUGAAGUUCAGCACUUCAGCUUCCCCUAUCCACAGGAGUGUAACCCGUACUGUCCCUACAGGUGCUCCGGACCUGUUUGUACACAUUACACACAGUUAGUUUGGGCCACCAGUAAUAAAAUCGGUUGUGCCAUCAACGUGUGUUACAAUAUGAACGUGUGGGGAAUGAUCUGGGCCAAAGCUGUCUACCUCGUGUGUAAUUACUCGCCACCGGGGAACUGGUGGGGUCAUGCGCCGUAUAAACACGGCCGGCCGUGCUCAGCGUGUCCGUCCAGCUACGGAGGAGGCUGCAGAGACAAUCUCUGCUUUAAAGAUGAUGGCAGUCAGAGUUAUUUAGCCCCUGACCUGGAGGAAAAUAACUUCAUUGAGCCAGAGCCAUCACACAGCCAUUCAUCUCCAUCUGCUGAUCACUCACACACACCAACAGUAACACCAGCACCAACACCGCCACAGAACCAGGGCAUGGACAAGAAUGAGAUCAUCAGCACUGAGCAGAUGUCUCAGCAAGUGGAGUGUGAUGUAAAGUUACGGGAUCGUUGUAAAGGAACCACCUGUAACAGGUAUGAAUGUCCACCUGGUUGUUUAUACCGCCAUGGAAAAGUGUUGGGCUCAGGAUAUUAUGAUGUGCAAUCCAGUAUCUGUGGUGCCGGAUUACACGCCGGGAUCAUAGAUGAUGACGGAGGCUGGCUUGACAUCACGAGAGUCGGCAAACGAACACGUUUCACCAAGUCGUACGAAAACGGAGUUCAGACACUGGCGAAAGAGCAGAGCGCUAAUGCCUUCACUGUGCUGAAGGUUCCAGUAAAAGCGAUAUCCUGUGACAUGACAGUGUCUGAAUAUUGUCCUUUCAAAAAGCCUGUUACACACUGUCCAAGGUUGUAUUGUCCUCGUAAUUGCCUGUACAGCAGCCACGCCCGUGUGAUCGGGACCCGUUACUAUGCAGAUAGCUCCAGUAUUUGUCGGGCUGCAAUUCAUGCCGGUGUAAUUCAGAAUGCUUCAGGUGGAUAUCUGGAUGUGAUGCCGGUAGACAAGAGACGGACCUACAGAGGCUCACACCAGAACAGUGUUGCCUCACAGAGCUUGCAGAAUCCCACAAGAGGAAAAGCGUUCCGAGUUUUUGCGGUGAUCUGAAGCCCCAGGCCAAGGACACAUGCCACUGCGGAGCAGAAUGGCCAACAAUAACAGCGUCCCUCAUGCUGGGCUAAAAAAACUCUCAACAGACAAAAAAAGACAUUAACGCCAACCAUAUGGCUAAUCGGGAAGCAGCAGUCUUCAGCUCUGUGUACAUGUUCUGUAUAAUAUCAUGUUGUGAAUGAUUCUUACUCUAAAAGUUUCUGCAGAAGGAUAAAGAGGCCAGGGCUUAUUUUCUUCUGUCCUGUUCUAUUAUCGGAAAAAAAAGUGUUAGCAUUAGCUAUACAGUGUAGUUUUCUGGGUUUUAUCUGAAAGUUCUUUGUUAUUGAAAAGUAGCUCAGUCUCCUUCUGCCACAGUUUAGCCACCAAGCUGUAAAAGCCUGCCUUAGAACUAGCAAACCUGCCAAAUGUUGGCUAGCAUACUGUUGAACUUACACAUGAUUAAUUUGUUGCUAGCAGUUUAUGCAACAGUUUGCUUGAUAGAGUAGUUUAAAAUAACACAUUAAAAUAAAUCUCAGCCUAACCUUACUGAGUGUUUCAUUAUAGUUAGCACAUAAGAGUUAACUUAAUAAUACUUAUUAUAAAUAUAUUAGUGUAUCUAUGACUUUAUACAUCAGUCUAACUUUUGCUAAACAUUGAUAGCUACUGGAAAGGUAACAGAUAAGAUAAUUAACCUGUUAUAGAACCAGUUUGUGCCCUAAUUUAAAAAUUGUGAUGAUACAGGCAGGCUAAUGAUGAUGUAGAAAUGAUAGGGUUCUUCAUUCAUAAUGUAAAUUAAUUCAUAGAUAACAUUUGUGUUCUCAAAAUUACUAAAAACAUAGUUUCAAAGUUGAUCAAAUAAAAGUUGAUCGAAUUAGAAUGGCAGUGAUAGGUACAAAGAAGCUAGUGUUAGCUAGGUGUUGUGUUUAAGUACAAGGCUAAACGUUGAUUCUAAAUUUGAUUAUGCUAAUUCUAACAGAAAUACCACUUCUGGAUUGAACGGUGUAGCUAAUGCAUGUCUGAAGCAUGUCUCAGAAAAAUAUCACCAAGAUCAUGUGAAAAAUAUCUUCAGGAUCACAGGACAGGAAAGAAGACAGAUAAUUAGCAUGGCCUAUUUGGACUUUUGGAGACUUUUUUGUUAACAAGUUCUUUUUAUUGUAUAAAUGUCAUCUGUCUGUAAAUAAUGGGAUCGAUUACAUGCAACCAAUCUUGCCAGUUUAUUAGGUACAUCUACAUUCUCUUUAGACUCCAUGUCAUCGUGUAAAAGUCACUCUGUAUUUGUCAGUGCUGUAGUGGUGAUACCAACACCAUACAGUAAUUUGCUGCUAAGCCCUUCCACUUCGAUAAAUGAACACAGUGUAGAGGGGUGCCAAUACAUUUGUGCAGAGCAGCAGUGCAUCUAUAGUGUAGGUGAACCUGAUAAACAGGCAGCUUGGUGUAUCUAAACCCUAUUAACCCUAUUGAGUUGUUUUCAUUCUAUGAGGUCACGACUUUAUGAUAAUGAAGUUUCUAUUUUUGUACUGUUUUGUAUUCCUGCCGCAGUGGAGUUGGACCUGGCAGGCCAGGAAAAAAUCACAAAACUCUAAACAAAAUACAGAUUAUUUCUUACAAAAAGAGAGAAGCGUACGAGUGUGAACGCAGGGUGAGGGGAACUGACAGUGAAACGUUACUUUAAGUAUUUAUUAUUCCUACACGCUGAAUAAAGCCACACUGUCAGUGGGCAUGUGCAGAUAUUUGUUUUUAAUCACACAGUAAAUUAAUCAUAUGUCUUUAAUAACACUACACUAAUAACACAUUAUUACAUGCUCAUUAUAUAGGUUAUAUUCAUCUUUAAAUGUAAAUGCACACACAAACACACACAAACCAAAGUAUCAUGAGGAUUGAUAUAGAUGAGAAAAUCUAUCUGAUAUAUGUUCAGGAAAUCAUAUAUUUUAUAAAGUGUUAAAUAAAAUCUGUGAAAUUCAAAUCUAUUAAUUCUAUUCAAAUCUAUCACUUCUGAAUACCGUAAUAAACAAUAUAAGUGUUUAUCAGCACAUGCCUACGCUUCAGUUACUCACUCAAAUAAUCCACCUGCAGUGGAAUAGGUAUUAUUUUUUCAUUAAAAUAAAUGUCAAUAUGAUCAAAACUGA